AUGGUCAUCGAUGCCCUUCUAUUAUGCCAUCAGGAACAUCCGUGGGCCAAGUUUUGGGGAGAGUGCAAUGAGCAAAAAUGGGCUCUCGAUAAGUGCUUCCGGAUGGAAAAGGAGCAGCGCCGGCGCGCCAACUUUGCAGUGGCCAGUCGGGACGAUGGGGCCUGGUCGCAGAUUGUCAAGCAAAAAGAGGCCGAGCUGCGGGCAAAGAAAGAAGAGCCGUAA